CAGCCGAACCCACUCGUGUUCCUGCAGGAUGGGGUGCGGGUGGCAAUUCCCAUCGCUUUCUGCAUCUCCGGUCAAACCUCGGUGUUCCCGGGAGGUGCUCGUUUAUUGCACCUCUGUGAAUUCCUUCGGAUUUUGGGAAACGCAGCACGGGUGCCCCGAGCACAUCCCCUCCUCCUGCUGGGAAAGGAGCAACGCUGCGCUGUGCCCUCACCGCUCCGGGAGGUAUGUGUUCAUCGUGCAGAAGGGCUACCAGGAGCGAGAGACGGGCCCUGAGAGCUCCGUCAUCACCAAAGUGAAGGGCGUGACGCAGUCGCCGAGCAAGGUCUGGGAUGUUGGGGAGUACGUGGCCCCCCCCGAGGGUGGGAGCAGCUUCAGCAUCCUCACACGGGUGGAGGUGAGCGCUGCCCAGGCCAUGGGGACGUGCCAUGAGGGUCCCAGCGCUGCAUGCCACUCAGAGCAGGACUGCAUCUCUGGGGCCAUGGAUGCAUCCCACCACGGUGUGAGGACGGGGCGCUGUGUGCCCGGGGGCAGUGGGAGAAGCUGUGAGGUGCUGGCCUGGUGCCCUCUCCAUGGAGGCAGCAGCAGCGAGUCCCUGGCGGAGAUGGCAGAGCAGUUCACCAUCCUCAUCAAGAACCACAUCCGAUUCCCCCGCUUCAGCUUCUCCAAGGCCAACAUUCAGGCUACCGAGAGCCACUACCUGAAGAGCUGCACCUUCAAUGCCACCUCCGCGCUGUACUGCCCCAUCUUCAGGCUGGGCUUCCUGGCUGAGCAGGCAGGCGAGGACUUUGCAGUGCUGGCUGAGAAGGGUGGAGUGAUCGGUGUCAUCAUCAGCUGGGACUGCAACCUGGAUCUGCCUGACACCGAGUGCAACCCGCGCUACUCCUUCCGUCGCCUCGACCCCAAAGGGACUUUGGCAUCGCCAGGCUACAACUACAGGUUUGCCAAGUACUACAGCUGGAACGGGACCUGCACACGGGUGCUGACCAAGGCCUAUGGGAUCCAUGUGGAUGUGAUUGUGCAAGGCCAGGCAGGGAAGUUCAGCCUGAUCCCCACGGUCAUCACGUUGGCCACUGCGCUCACCUCAGUGGGACUGGGCUCCUUCCUCUGCGACUGGGUGCUGCUGUGCUGCAUGGACAAGGAGCGGCGGUACAGCAGCAGGAAAUUUGAGCAGAGCUGUGCCCAUGGCUGGGCAGAAUGCACCUUACAGCCACCCGCUACUGCUGCCAAUAAACCAUCACUGCUCAGCACGCCUGUGUCAAUGGAAGGAUGCAAGAACCACUGCUUGCUGCGACUGGGGGAGAAGAGCCAGGGGAGCUGAGGGGCUCUGGGGCUGCC